AGCAUUUAUGAACCGCCUGCCACAUACAACCUGUAAAGAUGCAAGAAUUUCUCUUCGGACUUGUCAAAAUUGGAUUACGUACUAGUAGCUAUCCUGGUUCUUCAUAGUGUAUAAGUAACAUCGUCAGUAGGCCGAUGGCCGGGCGACAGCGCCGGCAGCAACCGGCCGACGAUGCACUCCCGGACUGGACGGACAGCGAGCCUGAGGACUAUCUCGAGGAGCUGCGGCAAGAAGCUCGUGAGAAGGCUUCAACAAAGCUUAACAUUACUGAGCAAGUCGUGGCGGAUUUGUGCCACUGUGUGCGCUACUCUAGCCUUGACCCGGAGCUUCGCGCCUCUGUGCGUUUCAAGCUGCGGCGCCUUGCGGCCAGCAGUGGGCAAGGCCACGCGUAUGCAGAAGCAGCCCUGGAGACGCCUCAACACCUCUACUUGCUUUUACACAGCACCUGCAGUGGUGGCAAGAGCGGCGGCCACGGCAGUAGCGGCAGUGCUGACGAUGCAGCCGCUGCCAGUCUGGCGGACGUCCUCACGCCCGCAGACCUGCGGCGGUGCCGGUUGACGCCGCCCGACACACGCAGACACGCCGCCAGUGGCAGCAGCCGGGGGCGCAGGGGCUUCAGCAGGGCACCCCGUACAGGCGGAGCCACUGGUGCGGCAGCAGUGGCGGCCGAUGGCGCGGAAGUGGGGGCGUCGGCGGGGGCAUCGGCAAGCCCGCGCGAGCUAGGGCACGACUUGCAACAGGAGCAGCAGCAGCACUCUCAGACACACUACCUUCUUGGGUACUGCGUCAUCCUGCAACGCCGGUGGCAGCAGCUCAGCCCUACGCCCUCGGGUGCGAGCAGCAGCACCAGCAGCAGUAGCAAUAGCAGCACCAGCACCGGCACUAGCUACUGCCUGAUCGAGUUCUUCGACACGCUUGCCCCCGGAUACAACCUUGGACAGCUGCUGUGGCGGAGGGCCGGGCAGCUCUUGCUGGCUGCAGCCGGCAGUAGCACCAGCAGCAGCAGUGACGCCAGCUUGAGCAGCAGUAAUAGUGCCGGUACCGGUACCGGCAGUAGCAGUUGUGGCGAUGCAGGCGGCCUGUUGUUGCGGCGCUGGCCGUUCCCGCUCGCGCCCAACAACAUCCUGUACUGGGCGAAGGCCGAGUCGCGCAUCCCCGAGCUACAGCCCGGCGGCCUGCUGCGGGCCUUCCGCCAGCUACAGGCGGCAGCGGCAAACGGCAGUAGCAGUAGCGUCGAUGAGGGCAGGAGUAGCAGAAGGAGCCCGCCGAUUGGGGCUGACAGCGGCGCGGCGGUGGCGGGCGCGGCGGGUGCUGUGAGGCCGGAGGGGGCGGAGGGGGCGGAGGGCGAUGACACGCGGGCGUUCCGGCGCUUCUGUGAGGGGCCGCUGCAGUGGCACAGCGCCGCCGUUGACAUCUACCUGGACGGUCUGAACGAGGCAGAUGCUUGCGCGGGUGCUGGAAGCAGCAGCGCAAUGGGGUGGAGGGGAACAGCAGGGACGUCGUGUGCUGGAGAGGCAGUUGGAGGCGGCGGCGAGCAGAAACGCACUGGCGCGGGUGUUGACACGGGUGGCGCGCUCCCAGCAGCAACAGCCGUGGCAGCAGUCCCGGCGCGGCCUCGCGCAGGCGGCUCCGGCGGCCGCAGGCGCAGCCCCAGACCCUUGGCGGCAGUGGCAUGGCAAGGGCAUGUGCAAGGCCCGGCUGCAGCAGCAGUAUCAGUUGCCGUAAGGGCUGGCGGCGCUGCGCGCGGCAGCAGGGCCAUUGCGGCGGCGGUGGCUAGCGCCGUCGCUGUGACGCAUUGCGCGCUGCAGCCGGGGCUCACAGCGGCUGCCGUGAGGAUGACGCCGCGGCCGACCUGCGGCACGUGUGUGCUGCGCGGCCCACAACCGCUGCUUACACGUGUUCGUGGCCUGGCGCUGAGCCGUGUGGUGUGGGGCUGAACGGGUGCGGACGUACAUGGUGACUAGAUCGCGGACAGGGAGCGGCGGUGUCGUGUUGUCGUGCCCCUAGUCAUUUACCUGAUUUGCGUGAUACCGUGGUCCGUUGUCCCAUCACAUAACGGUGUCCUGCAGCCCGAUCGCAAGCGCCUAUGACGGCCGGGCCUACGCACCCGUGAUCCGGAAUGCGGCAGGAUAACGUCGGUUGUGUGCGUUCCUUGCGGCUUGCUUUCAUCUUCCAAAAAUACAUGAAAUGUCAAAUGCAGAAAUGGAUAAGGGCGAUAGCGACGAUGGUACAGUGUUGUGAACGCACUGAGUGCAGUGUCCCACAACGAGCUCGACGACACCGCGCAGCUGCGUGCUGGACCCUAGCACUGGCGCGGCAGAGGUGGUGGAGCAACACGAGCUUGACGUGCGGCGGGCCGCCAAGUACUGUCUGUCAAGCUCAUGAGGCCAGCCGCAGCGCCCCCUGCUGCAUCUGUGCUGGCGUCCAGCCUGGGCGCUGAGGGCCUGCGCCAGCUGGCGACUCACCCGCACCUCGGACUGCGGGAGGCGGUGGUGCGGGUGGCGGCGGAGGCCGCACUGGAGCCGCUGCAGAGCCUGGUGGGCUGGAGGCGGAGGCUCCUUGAGGCGCACACGCAGGCGGUAGCGGCUUGCCAAACGGAGGGGGGCGAUGGAGCCGCCGCUACUGCAGCCGCUGCAGAUUCGACAGACUGCAGGAGCUGCUUCGGACACUGCUGCAGCUUGAGGCAGAGGCCGCUGCUGCUACGGCCUCUGAUCCCGCUGCUCCUGCCAGGCAGCAUGGAUCGGGCAGCACGAAUCUGGUACUGCCGCAGCCGCUGCCGCCAUCGUGGCCGGCUGCCUGCCGGCACUGUGUGCCCUGCUGAGAAAGGAGCAGCAGGUGGCGGCUGGCGGGAGGGGCACCACCGGUGCCGCCGUCAGCGGCAUGCGCGGACGCAUAGUGCAGGACCUGGUGCUGUGGUGCCUCAUCAACAUCAGCAACAUUUAUCAACGCCGGCACGGGUAGCAUUACUGAACGACACCAGCACCAGAGCAUGCAGCAGCAGGGCCCGGCGGCGCAGGUGCUGUCCACCGGCGACACAGCUGUGCUGGAAGCGCUGCCCCGCGUGCCGCGAGGCGUGUGCUGCGGCGGCUGCUAUGGCUGGCGCGAGAUGGGGCGGAGACGAAGCGCGAGGACGCGACAGCGCUUGCAGGACUGCGUGUGCGCAGUGCCGGAGGCAGGCGCAGCGGCAGUUGACCGGACGCCUGGGGGCCGCUGUCCGAUGGGCCAGUACUGCACGCAGCCCAUCAGUGCAGUGUCCGCCCAACAGCAGCGGCAGCGGCCAUGUCACUGCGAGGGCACCGGUAGCUGAGAUGCUGUUAAGUGUAGGGCCGUCUUGCUGCAGCGUUUGGGAGCACGCGUGUGGGAGCUGCAGGUAGAGGUUGCAUGCAUGGUGGAGUUUGCAUGGCUAGCAGCACUGGGCAAGGAACCAGGGGCGCAGCCAGUCGCGGCCCUAGGCCUCAUACAUGUGCUGUUGUGCAGCCAACUGUCUCAGCUGGUGGUGUCGAGUACGCUAUACCCAAGUUCGGAAG